UUGGUGACCGCUCCACUGUAUGGACACAAAAAACUGCGAAAUCGAGGAGAAAGACAGCGCCCCGAAGAAGUCUAGCGAACUGUGUGGAGCAUCGUGUUGGCCAUGGGAUUUAUGCCCAAGUCUCCGGUGUGUCGGACUUCCAAAGAGAGGACAUGUCCUUUGGUUUAUUAAAGCCCCAGUGCUCCAUUUGGCCCUGCCAGCAUGCUCCAGUAGUGACAGGAUCCCUCCAGUCAUCAGCACUGUUUGAUCCAAGAGAAACGUGCCUUGUAAGGAAGCAGGAUGUUCACAGGCUCCACCAAGCUGCCCCCUGCCAAAACCCCGCAGCCUGAGCGGCUGGACGAGGUCUACGCCGCCUUACGUCGGGGCUUACAGUCAUACUUACAGGUCCACCAGCUGGAGCUGGACAGUCUGGGCCAGCAGAUCAGAGAAAACAAGAGAAAUGGGCGACUGGGCUCUUUGUAUGAGCAGGAUAAGCAAGUGAAAGCCAUAGAGAGAUUCAUGCGUCGCUUGGAAUUCCACCUCAGCAAGGUAGAGGAGCUGUAUGAUGCUUACUGCAUACAGCGGCGACUUCGAGAUGGCGCCAGUAAAAUGGUAGCAGCCUUUAACUCCGCCAGUGGGAGUAAGGAGGCCAGGGAGAGCCUGAGUGAGGCAAACAAAGGCUUCAGGGAAUGUACAGAGCGCAUGUGCUCACUGGAGAGUGAACUGGAAGGCCACAUGGGAGAGUUUCAUGUCAAGAUGAAGGGCCUUGCCGGCUUCGCCAGGCUAUGUGCUGGUGACCAGUAUGAGGUGCUAAUGCGCUAUGGGCGGCAACGCUGGAGGCUGCGGGGCCGCGUCGAAGUCAGCAACAAGCAGAUAUGGGACAGCGAAGAGUACAUUUUUCUGCCUCUUGUCACAGAACUCCUGUCCAUUAAGGUGACAGAGCUGAAGAGUUUGGCCAAUCACGUGGUGGUGGGUAGCGUGUCCUGUGAAAUGCUGGACCUGUUCUGCCCCCUCCCGCAGACCCUUGCUGUGGAUAUCAAUGACCUUGGAACAGUGAAGCUCAACUUGGAGGUGACUUGGAGUCCAUUUGAUAAGGACGACCAGACAUCAUCCACCAGUACAGUUUCCAAACGUCUUCUGUCCAAUCAGAGCCCUCCAGACACGCCCUCCAUGCGGGAGCAAGUGUUUUAUUCUCUGCUGAAGCGACAAGGAGAGCUCGACAACGGCACAGUCUGGUCCAACUCCUCUGAAUCCUCUGACGACUCCUCCAGCCCGGCGCUGGCCCAUCACGCUCAGAGGCUGUCGGCCUCCAACAUACCUCAAAGCAACGUCACCGCGCUACUGUCGCUCACGCCGCACAAGUCCAGCGUAUCGACGCCGUCGCUUUCAUCUAACCAGGAGGAAGACGAGGGCGAAGCUGGCGAUGUUUUCUCUCCAAAAGAUUCAGUGCACAACGGCCACCCGCAGACUUCCUGCUCUGGGAGCCAAAUCAGCGCCACCAGUCAGGGAUGUACUUUAACAGACAGACUGUCAGUCCAAUCAGAGGUUCUGGAAACCUUGGAAGAACUAAGCUGCUCGUGUUCUGAUGCUGACGUUUCCUCCACCGUCGCCGAGUCCAUAGAGAGGACGGAGGAAUGUGGCAACAUGCAUGCUAACGAUCCACCGCAGGACUCCAUAGUCCACACCAAAGCAGGAACCAUCAAGGCUGAAGGACCAAGUCAGCCAGCUCUAAAACAGUCUGAUGGAGCUCCAGCUGUCCCCUUUCCCACGUCUUCUAGUUUCACCCAGGAAGUGGAGACGGCUCUUGAGAGCUUUGACUUUCUCAACUGCUCUGACCUGGAGGAUGAGGAAGAAGAAGUGUUAGAGCACCAAGAAGUGUUAGAGCACCAAGAAGUGUUAGAGCAUCAAGAAGUGGUAAAGCACCAAGAAGUGGUAGAGCACCAAGAAGUGGUAGAGCACCAAGAAGUGGUAGAGCACCAAGAAGUGGUAAAGCACCAAAAAGUGGUAGAGCCCCAAGAAGGGGUAGAGCCCCAAGAAGGGGUAGAGCCCCAAGAAGUGGUAAAGCCCCAAGAAGUGGUAAAGCCCCAAGAAGUGGUAGAGCACCAAGAAGUGGAGACGGCUCUGGAAAGCUUUGACUUUUUCAAGUGCUCUGACCGGGAGGAUGAGGAAGAAAAAGUGGUAGAGCACCAAGAAGAGUCUGAGAACCAAGAGGAAGACGAGCAGCAAAAGGAAAACAAAGAAGAAAAAGAAGCAGACGAGGAGCAGCAUGAAGAUGACAAUAUGGCUGAGCAAGAGAAGACAGCAGAGAGGGAGAAAGACAAAGAUAACUACUCUGGAGAAAGCGAUGAAGAGGCAGGAGACGGCUUGGAGUUCCUUAUGGAGGCGCCGGAGGGAUUUAGAAACUCUGAUGAAGAUCGCAUCUCUGAAUCGCAGGAGUCCAGUGUAGAAGAGGAGCAGGAUUUGGUUCCGGUGCAACUGCCCGAGGAGGAGGAGCUUAAUGAGGCAAAGGGAGGCGACCAACAAACGGAGGAGAGGUCACAAGAUGUUCAGGAUGAGGAGCGUCCUCCUACUCCGAGCCACUUGGCCACCACUGUGUUCUAAGGACACCCAGUGUGGAACCACCACUGAGUUCUAAGGGCACGCAAUGUGGAACCACCACUGUGUACUAAGGGCACGCAGUGUGGAACCACAGUCCAAACAUUUCCACUCUUGUCUAAUGUGCUCAUUGCCAAGUCGCACUCACUCGACAAACAAGCUCUCUCGUUCGUACAGAGUUUGUGCACAUGUCCGCCUUGUCCCGUGUCUUUCAACGACAUUGUGUUGCCUGCAUUAAUACCACUUUUGGUUGAAGUAAUCCAUUGAGAGCAGGCUUGGUUUAAUUUGUUCCAUUUAUUUCACUUUUGUUUGAAGUAAUCCAUUGAGAGCAGGCUUGGUUUAAUUUGUUCCAUUUAUUUAAGUGAUCAAACAGUGCUGAAGAGGAUGUGUUUCCUUACUUACUCUGCAUCCAAUCAGUCACUGGGCUAAACAAAGAAAGGCAUUCCAAGCUUCUAAACUUGCAGUAUUGAUGGACUGGGGGAAGUUUGCCAGCAAGCCAAGCUCUUGGGAUGAACUCCAAGAGCAUGUGAUGUUUGUCUUUGCUACAAAGCUGUGUAGCGCUAAUGUAUUCCACUUGUGUGACAACGUGUCUUUUAAGCUACACCAGGACUUAAGCUGCCUUACGACCACACCUUUUUAGGGAUUUAUUUUACACGGUUGCAGGAUUGGAGUUGAUAUUAAUGCAAUUAGUGGUGUAAAGGUAUAUUUAAACCUGCAUGUGUAGACGCCUCACACUGCCAGCAUGUCCGCUGUAAAAGGCUCAUCUGUAAAAAAAAUAAAAUAUAUAUAUAUGUAUAUAUAUUUUGGUCCAAGCGAGGUCUCUACAAGAGUAGCCUCGGGGGCGUGGUAGUGGUUCAGCGGUAAAUUGCUUUGUCGUUGUACAAAAAGCCUCUUUAUUCAGAAAGUGCCUCGAGUGAUGACGGAUAUAAGGUUGUAAAAAAAAAAAAAAAAAAAAAAACAGGCAAAAAGUUUGUUUAUUUUGAAAUUACUUUUAGGAUUGUUCACCAUAAGAGAUAUUUACUGUUUCAUAUAAAGAAUUGUAUAUGUCCUGAAAUGUUUAUGUUCAGAAAUGUUCAAACUUUAUAAAGUUUUCUUUUAAA